UUCACUGAACUCAGUUUAAUUCGACACUGAAACAGAAGUUUAAAAAGGACAAUUAUGGCCAACUCUGGGUUUCAGCUUCUGGGCUAUUUUCUUGCUCUGGGUGGAUGGAUUGGCAUCAUCUCCACUACGGUGCUGCCCCAAUGGAAGCAGUCCUCUUAUGCAGGGGAUGCCAUCAUUAUGGCCGUGGGCUUGUACGAGGGCCUUUGGAUGUCCUGUGCAUCUCAGAGCACGGGUCAGGUGCAGUGCAAAAUCUUUGACUCCUUGCUCUCGCUGGAUGUCCACAUUCAGACGUGUCGAGCUCUGAUGGUGAUCUCAGUGCUGAUGGGAUUCAUUGCUAUCAUUGUGAGUGUGGUUGGGAUGAAAUGCACAAAGGUGGGUGACAACAACCCUUCCACCAAGAGCAAGAUCGCUAUCUCUGGCGGGAGUCUUUUUCUGCUUUCAGGUUUGUGUACGCUGGUGGCUGUGUCAUGGUACGCCACACAGGUCUCCUACCAUUUCUUUGAUCCGAAUACACCAAUUAACGCCAGGUAUGAGUUUGGCCCCGCCCUCUUUGUAGGGUGGGCUGCUGCCAUCCUGAUGAUGUUGGGCGGCUCGUUCCUCUGCUGCUCCUGCGUUAACGAGGACAGUAGAGGACAGCAGUUCUACCGGCAAUCUCAACCCUCUACAGCCAGGGAGGAUGAGUUGAGUGAGACUAGUUUCCCUGACUGACCAACCCUCCCUGCCUUUAUUCGAGGACUGUCCGAGCUCCACUCUCUGUAUCUGUGUCCUUCACUCCCACCUAGAAUCCAAAUUUGGAUGCUUGUCUGUAUGACUGGACAAAUGUCCCUUCUACACCCUACAUACUUAAAAUCUGUGUGCCUUUUUUUCAACAUCUGAUCAAUAAACGUGUUUGAAAAAUCGUCACCCCGUAUCUGUUGUAUGCAUAGCCCCCAAAACCCCUCUUUGUUUGUGACCCCAUAAAAACCGCCUUUGUAAAUAUGUAGUAUUGUAGCAUGUACGUGAAAACACCCUACAAAGCAUGGACUGUUGCACUGCAACACAUCUGAAAUGGUGGAUCUUAUUUCCGUUUUCUUUGUAACUCAAACAUGUUUUGUUUUUCUUUUAAAUUGCAGAGCAAAUGUUAAAAGUUCUCCAGCAGAGAAAGGGGAGCAGUACUUGUAGUUUGGGAGAGGGCGACUUCGUGGGUCACAAGCUGUUAGAUUUUGGCAACAGACAAGACACUCUCUUUCGGU